AUGGAGCGCGCAGGACGUCACUCGAUUCGCCAGAAUUCUGGGCCGACCCCCUUGGACUCCCCCGGUUCUUCAACCGUCCGUUCCCGAGCUUCUUCAUGCUCUUCAAAAGCCCGCCCCUCGACAUCUGGCAAUCAGCCAAAGCUGAUCACCGUAGAAGCGAUGCGCGAACCACCGACCUUUCAAGCGAUGGCUCGCCGCCGUCUCUCCCAGCCUCACUCUCAAUCCCUCGAUUCGGCCCUCGUUACCCGCUCCGAGGCUUACCGGAUUCUCGAAUUUCUGCACUGCGGCAACGUGGAUAUGGGCUCCGAUUUGAAGUAUCUGUGCCAGCAUCGUAUACGCUAUUUGCUGAAUUUGACGGGAGAGGAGAGGAUGAAAAUCCGCGUACAAACGACUUGCCCCUGUGAGAGCAAAGCCUUCCACUCACCGACCGAAUUUUCGGUUAAUUUGGAUGAGGAAAAGGUGGCGGAGAUAAUUUGCUCGCACUUCCCGGCAAUCAACCGAUUUGUAGCUGAAGCGAGGGCAAAGGGAGCCCACGUGCUAAUGUUUUCGCGAGACGGACGGAAUGCCUGCCAAGCAAUGGCUCUACAAUAUAUCAUGUACUAUCACAAAAUGUCCCUCGAAUGUGCAAUGCGAUAUUUCUAUACAGUUUACCCAGAAGGCGUCCAAAUCGAGGAGAACUUCAUGGGCGCCCUGAAGUUGUGGGAGAAGAAGCUGGAAAAUAACCCAGUCGACAAGCGAGAUAUUCGAUCGGCGGAAGUGCGCCGCCACGAUUGGGCCAACGUCGCCGGGGCCAAUCGACCGAUGAGCCUCGACACGUUACGG